CCCGAAACUCUUCCACCCCUCCACAUCCCAUACUGUGCCGCAAACCACCAAUAUGUGCAAACACAUUCUCAACGCACAGGUCUCCAUCCGCUCGCCCUGCUGCAAGCAGUGGUUCGACUGCGCCGAGUGCCAUGCCGAGACACAGGACCACAACCUAAAGCAAACCAUGGAAAUGGUUUUCGCAUGUAAAAAGUGCAAAAAAUGCUUCCGCAAGGAUAUGAACGAGUUCGAGGACAGCGACGAAUACUGCCCGCAUUGCGACAAUCACUUUGUUAUUGAGGCGAAAGAACCAAAGGCGCGAUUGGAGGUGGAAGGAGAGGACAUCAGAAAAGAUGCUAGGAUGAUCAAGGACGAGCGUGUGAAGCCUAAGCCUGACCUAACCAUAUGGGAUGAUGAAUUGGAGGCUGCUAGAUUGGGCUGAGGAGGCGGGAAUGCGACCGCACACAUUCUACGAGUCCGACGAAGAGCGGAUGGGAUAGAAGGCUCCGGUCGAGUGAGAUCGAGCAUACUAUGCUACAGGCAAGAUAUGCUGCACAGAGGGCGCAUGAUCGCACCGUGCUGCUAUCACAACCUUGGAACAUUCGCAAGCACUACCGCCGCGACAGUCUCGAGCCGGACAGAUUUAACAGCAAAACCUGUACAAUUCGACUUGUGUUUUCAACUUAGCGGAGCUCUUCAUCUACCAAAAUAGGUACGUCGAGCAAGCUGCACCGAGAUGAGACUGGAGUCAUACGCUCUCGCUAUCACCACUGCCUUUGCCCUUCAGCAGCCACAUUCUCCCACUGACGCGAAGUCCAAACGCAUCAACUGCCCAGAUCAGCCCGGC